AUGGAUGUGGAGAUAGCAGCCAUUUUUAGAAAGAAGCAUGUUCUGAAAUCAGAAAGUGAACCAAAGGAUCUUGACAAGAUGAAGUUAGGAAGAAUUGGAAAGGAUAAUUGGAGUGUGGCGUUUCAGAAAAGUGAAGGUAAAAAAGUUCAGAAGUGUUCGUUCUUUCUGUUGGAUAAGCACUUGUAUUCCACUUCGUGUCUGAACUAUAUCUUGGAGCUUACUGAGGCUUGUAAAGAGAAUGAAGAUUCAGAUAAGAAAUGCUUCUUGGAUAUUUUGAAUUGGUACAUUGUUGUUCGGAACACUCUUCUUGGACUAAUGUUCAAGUUGUUCAAAGUUCAGAAACGUCAACAACAGUGA